AACUAAGGCUACAUCACGGCAAGGCAGCCAGCCAUGGAAACAGAUGCCACACGUAGAGAAAGAAAAGUGUGGCCGAGACGAGAAGUGAACCCAGGACACUCAAUCCUCACUGUAUUGGUGCCAGACGCGAACAUUGCGCCACCAUUGCGCCCUGACACAUCACAGGGACAUUCGCACUGUGACACUGCCCCUGAAAUAAGGAAGAAGAUAAGGAAGUAAUUUCAAUGGAAAUCCAGCUGCAGCUGGUAACAAAGUCGACAAGUCUAACCCCACAAAAGGAAGUUUAGCUUACAGACACAAGUUUCAAAAGAUUGGACAGUAACCUCAAAUAAAAGCAACAGGUCCUGGCGGGGGAUUACUGAGCGAAGCUGCAAGGAAUCAGCACAAAAAUCUGGCUGACUGGGAAAUCCAGCUCCGGAACUUUGUGAAGUAAGUCCAGCGAGACAAACAACAUGGGAGUUCGAUUCCCGCCACACUACAGCUGACUGGACGACAUGUUUCCACACGUUGCCACCUGUGGAGACCUCAGGUACCUUCGCACUUCAUUCUUUCUUCGGUGGCGGACAGGGUGGGGAAUAUUAAAAUAGAAAUCGGCUGCGUAUACUGGUGGAACAUCCAGAGUGUAGACAUUCCUACAGGUAAGCAGUGUGUGGAAGAGAAAUUCGCCAGCGGAUCACUGCUUUAUAAAUUCAUGGAACAGUUGUUCUUGUUAUAGAAUGAAGGGAUUGCCAGGAUGUUAGUAGUCACAAUUGUUGCAGAAAUAUACCGUGUUGUGUUCCAUUACGACUAUCAUUACCCAUUACCUGUAUUAAUUACAGUUAGAUCUGCAAUUACCUGUUUCUAAAAUGCUGAAAGGCAAGUGUGCUGCCAUCAGACCGAUUCUUCUGGCCGUUGCCAUUUUGCCGGCGAGCCAUUCAUAGCGAGAAAUGGAAACAAUAUCCACACGACUACAGGGUGACUGCUCUCAGGGUAUUUUGUUAUGUGUGUGGUGUGUUCAUGUGCCAGGUAUGACCGUGGGACCAGGUGUCAUUGCCACCUAGAUAACUCCGUCAGAUGUAGUUAUCAUGUCAGGAAACAUCUACAGUAUCUGGAGGUCGUGACCUGCAGCACGUCCUGAAUUCUUCUCUUCUUACUUCCUCCUGUCAAUCCUUCUACUCACAUAGUCAGCGGAGUUUUCCCUUUUUGUCACACAGCUCGCCAGCCUGUUACACACACACACGUGAUACGUGUGUUGUCUACGUGGUGUGUGUGUGCGUGUUGUUUAUCGUGCGUGCGCUGUCACUGGGUAUAUGUGUUAUGAUAAUGAGUUGCUGGGUCUCGGUAAUGCUGGGUGGACAGUCAGACGGACAGAGUGAAUGUCGGGUACGGUGCACCGAGUAAAUAAUACUAUUCCUGUACAUAUACACAUCAUGUUGUAUUGCUGUGGCGGACACAAUCUACUUUUUCGAGAUGCAUGCCUACGAACAUCUCUUGUGUGUUAAAUGUCUGUAUGAGUAUGUAUGCCUGCCCUUGUGAGCGAAGACAAAUUUCUGUCCUGGGUCUCCUCGACAGACAAUAAAGUCUGAUUUGAUUUUGAAGAAGUCGAUAUUGUGACGUAACGCUUGUACAGAGACAGGCCUGAUUAAAAACUGUCAUUGGCUGAGGCCUUUACAACAUACGGGUAUCCACAUCCAGUCUUGAAGUCCAUGUUGCGUUCUUUCUGUGUACGAUAUCUUGAGCUGAGCUCCACUGAAGAGUUCGACAACAAUGUAGCACCCUACAGUCCUUUAAGGAUGUUGUCACCCAAGCAACAAGUGACAUUCCGCGUGGCUGCUAGGGACGACGAUAGAAAAUAAAAGGAACUGCACUGCGUUUUCAUUUCUCAUAGUGUUUCUAAAAAUCGUGUAUGAAACCUCAAUGGUGUGUGCGUUGUUUUGGCCAGGAAGUUAGUCCUAACUUUGCUGCACCAAAGAUGAGAAGAUGAGGGCAAGGAUCAACUGCACAAUCAAGGGCAAUCCUGAAAAUUGCUGGGGCUGAAUGAGUGAGAAUUGAAAGACAAAGCAAAUAGAGAAAAUAAAACUUUUCUCGGUGUCGAUAGUAAGAUUGUUCCUUGGAGAAGUAAGCUGUGGUCGCCCUGCUCCUUGAGUGAAGACGACUGCUGCAACAUGAACGACAAGACGCCAGUGCGGCGACCAGGUCCGUCCAUCAGUCCCAGGCCCCACAGCGCGGGACACACACAACCUGACGAACGUGUGAAGGAGGUCUGCAGGUGUCUACAGGAAAAUGAAAACCUGAAUUGUGUGGCAGGAGCUGUCUUGCUGUGGAGACAAGGCAGCCGCCAAGAAGUGGUUCGCCGAGCACGCGCUGCAGCAGUUCCCAGGUAUCGGCACUCGGGCCAUCACUCUCCCUCCCUGCUACCAGUGCAGCGAGAAGUUCAAGGAGGCUGCUGGCGGCUGUCAGACCAAGAAGUUCCAAGACAGUGAUAAGAGGGGCGAAGCUGCACAUCUUCACAUCUUCAUGGCAUUCAAGCUCCUGAACGACGACCUCGAGCGAAGGGGUGAUGUCACUAUGUUUACAAUGGCUGAAGUUCACGCUGACAACAUCCUGGCCUGGUUGAGACACGACCGUGAAGUUUGUCAACUAUCUACGGAAAAAGAAAUGCUGCAGGUUAUACAGAAAGCAAAGACACUUCUCCAAGUCCCGCAAUCGCUGAUGGGGAGGAGAGCGCCAGACAUGAUGGUGGUGCACCAGGACAGGAUCGUCUUUGUGGAGGUGAAGAGUGUUGAUCCUGAACGUUCCAAUGACGAGAUCAAAAAGAGUAUAAACAAGGCGAUAAAACAGUUGCGGGAAAACCAACGAAUUUUUGGGGAAAUCGUAGACAACUCUCUCAUCUCGCGUAGCGUAGUAAAGGUUGUCGCCCUUCCUCAUAUUCAACAUGAGCAGCUGCUCAACCUAAAUGUCCCACAGGAGGACAUUGUUUAUCUGUGCAAAGAUCAUCUCUUGCGUUUCGACACUGAAGUUCCAGAAGCAGAACUGGAUGUAAACAGUUUUCGAACUUGGUGGCAAGAGCUUCCCCGUGGUCCUGUUGAGAGCCAAUGCCUGCAGGAAAUUGUAGGAAAGUAUGUAGGGCUGUUGUCUACUCCUGUAAGCAUCAAAGUAGGUAACAAGACUCACUUAGUUCGUCACCACAAGGACAGCAUCAGGGAAAUAGAACACCGUUUCCAGAUGAAGAUUCUGACGAAAGAACAGGAACAAGCCCUACACAAGUUCAAGGACAAGGGUCGCGUUUACCUGAAAGGACCUGGAGGGUCGGGCAAGACUCUGCUACUUAUUACCAUGGCCAAGGACUUCCUAAGCUCACGGGAUAAUCACGUGAUCGUCGUUAACAUGAACCGCGGCGCCGAAGGCUUGUGCAUCGGUAAAUACGUGUUCGAACAGAUCAAGGUUCAGGUCAAAGAUCACAGCAGGCGCAUUCACCAGAUUUGCAUUGACACUGGCCAUGACGACUACAAGGAACGGUUUAUCGAGGACGUAGAGAAAAAACUUCCCAACAAAACCGACAUGAAGAAGGUGCUUUUCAUCGCAGACGAGGUCCACGUUCCCACCUUCUGGUUGGACAUUUUGGGAACGUUCCAGAACGUCUUUAAAGGAGCCUCUCUGUGGUGCGCGGGAUUUUUCAGCGAGAAACCCGAGACUUUUGAGGAGCUUUGCCUUGAGGUUGUAAUGCGGUGUCCCCUUGCCGUGCAGCAUCUGCUGUACAGCGUGGAUUGGAAAGAAGACAGACGGUCGUGCUAUGCUGCUGGUGUCUCCUGGAAGACUGAGGUCCUGCUUAACGGGCCUCUCCCACUGUGCAUCCGGCACAAGGACCAUCAGACAGGCGGCACUGUCAUCGACUGCGAGCAGUGUGCCCGGGAAUUGGCUCAGGUGCUGAAGGAGCUCACUCCUGACUCUGUCAGAAUACCUGCGAUUGCAGGUGCUAGCAAGAGUACCCGCCCAGUGUCAGCACCUGUCGGCAAAGGUCAGGACCUCUGUCAGCCCUUCUCUACUAGUGUCGCACUGCUUGUUAAUAUUCCUCUAAAGAUGUACAGAGAUUUUGAUGAUUCUAGACAGUUCAAAGACAUCAGCGAGCCGAGAUACAAGAAAUAUUUGGAGAAAAUAGGACACUGCCUCUUUGUCCAGGAACUUCGGCGUAAUGAUAUCAAGGUGAGUCUGGAUGCGGAACUGGGCAGCAAAGACCUUGGCACUCUCGUUCACAAGGAGGACAUCCUGACUACGUGGGUGUACAGUUUCAUUGCUCUAGAGUGCGGCGUCGUCAUCUUUCUCCCAGGAGACGUUCAUGAACCUUCCUUGCCUCCUGCAGCUCCUGCAGCAAACUUGGAAUCUCAGCUUGGGGCCUCCUCGGGAAUCAGAGAGGUAAGAGACAUACCCGCCCCGGGGGUAAACCCAAUGGUUUGCUGUAGGUCGGAGGUAGGUGAGGCGGUGUCAUGUUCUGAUAAAAAUCCUCGACUGGAAGAGACGUCUGAGAUAUGUCAAAGAAGAGGAAGAGUGGGUGGUGGCGAUGUAAGGGAGGGAGGGGACAGAGGAGUGUGUUUACCGGAACUGCACUGGCGACGGGAUGACAUAGAGAGAUACAGCGACUGGGACAAGACCAACAUCGUGCUGGCGGGCUCCAGGUGCUUGUCACAACUCAUCCUCCUUGUGCCAUAGCAACAUAAAGAUGACUGUCAUUAUGUCAUAGCAAGACAAAGAUGAGUCUCACUGUGUCAGACCAUGGUGAUGAUGACUGUAGCUGUCGCUAAGACGCGGACACGGAAAGAUUAGACCGCUGGAUAAGAGGAGAACGAGUAGAGACCAGGCCACAGUGUUACUGGCGAGGAUGGCACAAUCGCCAUAUCUGCAAAAUUUGCGAGCCAGUCGGGCUGGUGUUGUGUUUCCCGCUCAUUAACCGAUAACGCGAUGGUGCCAUUAUCUGGGGGGAAGCGCGAAGAGGAUAAAAAUAAACUGAAGGGAUAAUUUCACUGAAAUGUUGUAAUCAGAAUUUAAACUGCCUAAUUUCUCUCUAAAUUAUAGUCAUGUUAAAUCUGAAUUAUUUUUACCAGUCACGCUGAUCUUCUUUUAUUGGAUUAAAACUAUAAUGAAUUUUUAACCACAGUAGUUAAUGGCAGUAAGUAAUAAUGUCACUUUGGUCUUUAAGAAGCUCUCAAGAUGAGAAGUCAAGUCUUGGAAGCAAAGAUUGACAAGAUAUCUUCAAAGAAAAUUACACUUAAAAACUUUAUGUAAUGUUAGCGUUGUAAUUUUUUUUAAAAACCUGUCAUUAUACUAUUUUAUCCAUUUAAAAUCAGAAACAAUAAUGUUGGUAAAGAUUAAUUGCAAAAUCUGAUUAUGUGUGUGAUAAUUACAUUCUUACCUCCCUUUCUCAAUAGUCAAUCAUUGUAGAGAGUUGUUAAACUUGAUUAUAAUAUUGUUCUAUCAUUAUUUUGUUUUCUCCCCUUUUGUAGGGCAACGACCCUAGAAUCAAUCGAUCAAUCAAUCAGUCAGUCAAUCAAUCAACAAAUCAACCAAUCAAUGGGUUGUGCUUGCAUUGAAUGCAAGUCUUUUGUGCUCUGCUGGUGUUUCUGUGAAGCUACUUGUCCUGCCUACUCUGCAGGUUUU